CCACAACCACCUAUUCCGCCACCAUGUCUCUCCACGCCCUCCGUCCCGUCCUGCGUUCCGCUCUCCGCCCCGCCCUCCGCACGCUCCGUGCUUCUCGCGUCUCCAUCCCCCGCGCUACCGCGGUGCGCGCCUUCCACGUCUCGCGCCCCGCCUAUGGCUCGGGCGAGACUGACUCGGAGCUGGCGGCAGCUAUUGCCGCCGAGAUCGCGUACGAGAGCGAGGGUGCCAGCUCGAGCAAGCCCGGAUUCCUCCAGGAGCUCGAGGACGAGGGUGUCUGGAGCUUGAGCGACACGGCCAACUCCGACGAUGUCGUGGUUUCGCGCAAGUUCGGUGACGAGACCCUCAAGCUCACAUUCCAGAUCUCGGACCUCGACAACCCGGAGGCCGUUGAGAGCGUCGACGCUGAUGGCAACGUCGUCGAGGACCCCGCGUACAUCACCUCCUCGCUCCUCGUGACUAAGAGCGGCUCCAAGAAGGCGCUCCUCAUCGACCUUGGUGCUUCGCCCGACGGCUUUGAGGUCACCAAUGUUGCGAUCUACGACAAGGGCCUUGCCGAGGCCGAUGGUGUCGAGGCCGACUGGAAGCGCCGGUCGAGCUACAUGGGUCCUCAGUUCGACACCCUCGACUCGGUCGUCCAGGAUGCUUUCCAGGCCUACCUUGCCGAGCGUGGCAUCGACGCCGCGCUCUCCAACUUCAUCGUGUCGUACUCGGAGUACAAGGAGCAGAAGGACUACGUUGGCUGGCUCUCCGACGUCAAGGAGUUUGUCAAUGCUUAAUUCUCACCCUCAUUAAACACCAUUCAUAUGCAUACCGGUACCUCUCUGG